AAGCCAUGUUUCGUAUACUGAUUCUCUGCGCCGCGAUAGCAACCUUCAGCGACUGCGCCUACAACAAAACCGAAAAAUUAGAAGUAUUUUUCAAAGACUGUCAGACCAAGACCGGAGCUAGUCAGGAGGAUUUCGAAGCCAUCAAACAGAGACGAAUUCCGGACACACCGGAAGGUCUUUGCAUGGUGGAAUGCAUAUUUUCCAAACUGAAAAUUUUCCGAGACGGGAAAUUCAAUAAAAACGGGAUGGUGCUCACUUUCACGCCGGUUCUCAAAGGCGACAUGGGCAAAGUGAAGAAAUUAAACGAGGUUGCUACCAAAUGUGAAAAGGAAGUCGCGACCAAACAGAAUGAAAAAUGUCAGAUGGUUCGCACGCUAAUAGACUGUUUUUCGAAAUAUGGGAACGAUUUGGAACUAGCGAAUCAGUAG